AUGCUUAAAAGAUACUUCCUUGGACUUCGCAGCAGGCCCGUUCUACGAUCGGCAAAAAUCAAAGCGUAUCGAUGCGCCACUGCCUACACUGUUACGCAAGCCCCUGAGCAGGAAACCUUAUUGCAAGCAGAAAAAUACGAUGCCAUACAGAUAGCCAUGGAGAAAAAGCGGAAGUAUGAUUUUGACAAGUUGAGGAAGCCAAGGUUAAGGAAGACGCCAAAGACGAACGCUCUUUUGCCAGAAGGUAGUAAUGAGGAGAUUCUUGAUAUUGAGGUUGCCAACUUAUUGUCAAAGGUGUUCAUGACUGAAUCAAGCCCAACUGUCACAGAAACACAUCAAGAAAAUGACCAGCACAAAGCCGCAUUCAAUCGGAGGCCACAAUACAAGAAGCCUACAGAACUUGGUCAAGAGGUUGAGCUGGAAAUCGUCGAGCUCUCAUCCACAGGUGAUGGUUUAGCAUACAACGAAGCUAAAGAUCACGUCUUCGUCAUUCCUUUCACACUACCAGGCGAUCGUGUUCUUGCCAAGCCUUGGACAUGGUCUGGCGACUAUACUCUUGCGGACUUUGUUCAAGUUCUUCGACCUUCGUCCAGUCGCGAAGGCGUGACGCCUCCAUGUCCGUACUUCGCAAAGUGCUCUGGCUGUCAGUUCCAGAUGUUGCCUUACGAGAAGCAACUUGAACACAAGCGGCAAAUCUUGCAAGGAGCAUUCAGAAACUUCUCAGGUUUAAGACCAGAGCAGAUGCCCGAAAUUGAGCCUACUAUGGGCAGUCCAUUACAGUACGGCUAUAGAACUAAAUUGACACCACAUUUCGAUGGCCCAAGAACGGUUAAUAGAAAAAGGAUGCCAUGGGAAGGAGUACCCGAGAUUGGAUUUAAUAUGAAAGGGAAGAGGAAAGUGCUGGAUAUUGAGAAGUGUCCGAUCGGCACAGAUAUCCUGCAAGUAGGGCUCCGAAUUGAGCGAAAGAAGGUUGUCGACAACCUCGAGACAUACACAAAUGGUGCCACGAUACUAUUGCGAGAGUCUACUCAAAGACUGUUCGAAACUGCAAACGAGAAUGGGACACCAGCAGACACAUCAGCUGACAUGUCUCAAGCCUCAUCGACCAUUCCUUCAGACGUAAACGACCAAGAUCUCCAAUCCACUAAUUUUCAAACCUUCAGCACAAGCACGACGCACGAAACACCAAGCAUCAAACUCAAAUAUUCAACGCAUACCGAUCUCAAAACGUACAUCUCCGACAACGAAGCCCAAGCCUCAGAAUACAUAACCACAACAAUCAACCCAACUACAACACCUCCCACAACUGCAACAUACCACUUCACCAACUUCGCCGGCUCCUUCUUCCAAAACAAUAACUCCAUCCUUGGCCCCUUCACAUCCUACAUCUACGAGAAAUGCAUACCGAAAUCACAAUCUCCAAAGACUCUAAAAUACCUACUGGACGCCUACUCAGGCUCCGGUCUCUUCACCCUAACUCUCUCCACACAUUUCACAUCCUCCCUUGGCAUCGACAUCGACCCUCGCGCCAUCAAAACAGCUCGCUCGAACGCGGAACGCAACAACAUCACCAACGCAGGCUUCAUCGACGCAGACGCCUCAGCGCUAUUCGCUGAUGUCCCCUAUCCAGCUGACCAGACAGUCGUCGUCAUCGAUCCGCCACGGAAAGGCUGCGACAGAGAGUUUCUAAAGCAGUUAAGGAGAUACGGACCGAAGAGGGUCAUUUACGUGAGCUGUAAUGUGCAUACCCAGGCGCGCGACGUGGGGAUCCUGGUCAGUGGGUUUCGGAGAGAUUUCAAGGGAAGGUAUACGGGUGAUGAUAGCGUGAGGAUUGAUGAGAAGUGGGAAGAGGAUGGGUUGUGUAGGUAUGAGAUUGAGAGUUUGAGGGGGUUUGACUUCUUUCCGCAGACGGGGCAUGUGGAGGGGGUUUGUGUGUUGAACCGGGUGGAUGGGUGA